AUGCCAGAAACAUCGAUUAGUCUGGAUUUGGAACAUAGACAACAGGAUGAAAUUAGUAGUAUAUCAUCAAUUUAUGGUGAUAUUUUCAAAGACGUCACUCCGAAAGGAUUAGUGUGGAACAAGAAACCCAGCCCUCAUUUUCAAGUAUUCUUAUCUUCUACAAGCAACCCUGAUAGACCCACAGUUUCAAUUACUUUAGAUAUAGAAUUCACACCAACAUAUCCAUUGUCUCCACCUAAAGUCAAACUUUUGAACGCAAAAAAUUUACUAAAAGCAAACAUAGCCAAAUUGGAUAAAAAAUGUAAAGAUUUGAUCAAAGAGUACCCUGAGGAAGAAGUUUCAUUUACAAUCAUCAGUGAGUUGAUAUUUUUAUUAGAUGAGAUCCAGUCAACCACUGAAAAGGUCUUAUCAUUAGAAGAAGAAAGAGAAUUGAGGUUGAAGAACGAACGAAAAGCAUUGGAAGAGAAGGAAGAGAAACAACGUCGAGAAGAAGAAUUGGCCAAACGAAAGCAAAAUAAAGAGUUAAAUGAGCAAAUCCAACGAAUCAAAGGUGAGUUUGAUGAAGUAGAAGAUUACGAUGAUUCUGAGGCGGAAGAUUCAUUUCUACCACAUGACAUUGAUCAAUUUUUCAUAUUUGAAAACUCCAUGGAGGACACCAUUCCUAAUACAAGAAAGAAAUUUAAAUUCCGAGCCGUUCUGGGGUUCAUAAAGUAUAACCAGAAAGGUAUAUUCAGCUCAAUUGGCACUCAAUACCUUGUGAAGCCAUACAUAGCACCAGACAUUCAACGAAAAAUCGAUAAACAAGGAACAGAUUUAUCAUACUUGCUCACAGUAAUAGACUUGACAAACACAUACUGGCAAACUGAAAAUGGUAAACGAGAGAUUCAAGAUUUGGAAUCGGAAUUACAAUUGGUGAUGAAUAUCAAACAUGGGAAUAUUCUCAAAUUGGUUGGAUUCCAAAUAGAUAAAAAAUCAGACAAUACAACAAACAGUUGGAGAAUCAGAUUGCUAACAGAAUUCUCUCCGGUGAGUGAAACAUUAUAUGACAUUCUCCCCACAGCCGAGUUUAUCAACUGGGCAUUAGCUAGAACAUGGUUGAUUCAAUUAUUGCCUGCAAUUGAAUACUUUCAUAAUGCUGGUUUUAUUCACAAACUCAUAUGUCCUUUAACUAUAGUCAUAUUUCAGGAGGUUGAUCAAUUGUAUUACCAGAAUUCGAUAAAUGACCAUCUAAACAGCGUCAGUAGUUUUUUUGCAGGGGAAGAUUCUGUAACGAUAAGUGCCAAAAAGGUGUUGAAAUUGUGCCACCCAUCGUAUGGGUAUAGAAUACUCGACAUGUUGGCAUCUCAUCCAAAUAAUGAUACCAAUGCUAUUUCUUCACCCAGAAUGAACCCAGAAGCAUGGAUGCCUCCGGAAUUGAAGACGUCGGGAUAUCAUCAUAAGUCAGAUAUUUGGGAUUUGGGUGUGUUAUUUUUACGAGUUAUGUUGGGAUUUGAUAUCUUGAAUACCACGUACAAGACACCAGCAGAUUUUAUUAAUAACUUUUCUGUUGAUGAUUUUGUUGGUGCUGAAGAGUAUGCGUCAUUGGUGUAUGAUGUGUUGAGUAAGAUGUUGCAAGUGAAGCUCUCCAAAAGACUCUCACCAAUGGAAUUGAAUGCAGUCAAAUUUUUGAGAGAUGGUCCAAUAAUUUCCAAACUACAAUCUGAAACCAAUUUGUCAAGACUAAUGAAGAAUGCUGACACAGCUCCUGAAAAACAUGUUCAAAUUGAUGAGAAGGGGGCUGUUCCUCCUAAACUGACAAAUCAUCGAUUGAAUAUUCCUCAGAAUAUUUCUCGACGCAGACUUUCUAAUCAAAAUACUCAACAUCCAUAUUUUGGUGAAAGCUCAGCAAUGGUUAUGCCUUCAGGUAGUCAAAGAAAUAUGGGGAGAUAUGCGAGAGAUUUUGAAGAGGUUGGUAAAUUAGGUCGUGGUGGAUUUGGAGAAGUUGUUAAGGCAAGAAAUAGAAUGGAAGGGACGUUUUAUGCAAUCAAGAAAAUCAAGCAUCGUGCCGACAAGUUGGACUCUUUGUUGAGUGAAGUAUUAUCUCUUGCUAGAUUAAACCAUCAGUAUAUUGUUCGAUACUAUGGUACCUGGGUCGAAGAAAUCGAAGACGGAAUUAAUGCAUCUAAUAGUACCUCUGCUAUAGAUAGUGAAGAAAGUGAAACUGAUGAUGACGAUGACGAUGACGAUGAUGAUGACGACGACGACGAGUCAUUUUCCAAUCAAAUAGGUAGAUCUUCAUCGGUUUUACCCAGUUAUGAUAAUUCAUUCCAGGUAGACUAUAUAUCAACUUCGUUUGAUCCACAAAUACAAUUUGAUGACGAGAGUUCAUGUGACGAUGAUGAAGAUGAUGAUGACCCAUUUGUGUUUGCCAGAUCUACAGAUGACGGUGACAAUGAUGAAACAUCUGAAGAAAUAUCAUCUCAUGAAGUUUCUAGACGGCCAAUCAUCAAGGUUGCCCUGAAAUCGAUAUUAUACAUUCAGAUGGAAUUCUGCGAGAAUAACACCCUUUUAAAUUUGAUUGAACAGGGUCUCCCGGGAAAUCCUGAUGAGUACUGGAGAUUAUUCCGUCAAUUGCUUGAAGCUGUGUCCUAUAUCCACAGCGAAGGUUUCAUUCAUCGUGACUUAAAACCAAUGAAUAUUUUUAUUGAUAGGUCCAAUAACGUAAAAGUGGGGGAUUUUGGGUUGGCUAAGAACAGCCAGUUUUCAUCGAUUGUGCUGACAAAUAACCAGGUAUCGACCAAUGCUGCAAAGAACAACAAUGGUGAUUUAUCUACCAUUGUGGGUACGUUAUUUUACACUGCUAACGAAGUUGCGACUGGUAAUUACGAUGAGAAGGUGGAUAUGUAUUCCUUAGGUAUUAUUUUCUUUGAAAUGUGUUAUCCAUUGAGUACUGGUAUGGAAAGAGCCAAGAUAUUAAAUGACUUGCGGUUGAAGACUGUUGAAUUUCCAACUAACUUUGUGGUUAGCAAAUACAAAACAGAAAAGAAGAUUAUCAGAUCAUUGUUGGAUCAUAACCCACAAAAUAGGAUGUCAGCUAAAGAUUUAUUGUCAAGUGGAUGGUUACCAGUUGAGCACCAAGACCAGGUUAUUCAGGAAGCAUUGAAGUCACUUGCUGAUCCCGCAUCACCAUGGCAGCAGCAAGUUAGAGAAACUUUAUUUAAUCAACCGUACCUGUUGGCCAAGGAUUUGAUGUUUGAUAAUGACAAACAUAGUGGGUUGGUUAGUUCAAAUGAUUAUUUACUAUUUGACAAAAUUAUGAAUGAAAUCUACAAGAUUUUCGCAACUCACGGUGCUGUAGAGAAUUUGAAUACUAAUUUGCUAUUACCCAAAGUUCCCUUCCAAGCUCGUGAACAAGUAUACGAAAUUCUUGACAAAAGUGGUUCUGUCCUAACUUUGCCAUAUGAUUUGACUUUACCUACAGCAAGAUUCUUGAGCAAGACAGAUAUGUCGGCAAUACCAAAGAUUUACCGCCAUGAGUUUGUUUAUCGACCAAAUGCCAGAGGUGUCGGAAUGCCAGAUCGUUAUAGUGCUGUUCAUUUUGAUAUUGUGGGUAAUUCCGAUACAAAUAAAUCCUCCUUAUUUACUCACGAUGCGGAAUGUUUGAAAAUUGUGGAUGAUAUUGUCAAUCUGUUUCCAUGUUUCAAGAAUGCAAUCAUUGUUAUAAACCAUUAUGACAUUCUAGAUGCGGUUACUACAUUUGCAUUUGAGAAUGUAGGUCUUGAUGAAAAGAGAAAAGUCGAUAUUUUUGGAGUGUUAUCACAAUUGGGUAUUGACAAAACUGCUGAUGAAAUUAAGAGAUACUUGCGUGAAGACUUCCAAGUUCCCCACACAGUAACCAAAGAUCUUGUGGAUAAUUUCAAUAUUACUUGUGAAAUCGAAAAAUCAAGACAAAAGUUGACCAAAUUAAUGGUAGAUUCCCCGCAAUUGAUCAAAAUUGAACGAGCUUAUACGUAUUUAAUCGAAGUUUACAAGAUUUUGAAACAAAUGAAUAUCUACGUUCCAGUUGUCUUUAAUCCAUUGAGUAAUUAUAAUUCUAAAUACUACACCAAAGGUAUUAUGUUCCUGGCUGUAUUUAAAUCCGAUAAAUCAAAGAGGUAUACGAGGUUAGUCACCGGUGGUAGGUUUGAUUCAUUAAUUGGAUCAUUAGCAAAUGUUAGCACAAAUGUGAAAACACCACAUGGUGUGGGAUUCACAUUGACCACUAGUUUGUUGUUCCUUUUGAUGAAGAAUUUGAUAUCGAGAAAGUCUAAAAUCGAUUUGAGUAAAUGGAAAGGCAGCAGAUGUAAAGUUGUUAUUGGGUCAACUCAACAACAAUUUUUGAGCCAAUGUGGAUACUCGUUAUUGGCAAGUUUAUGGAACAGAAACAUUAGCGCUGAUAUCAAUUUGGGAAGUAAAUCACAGGACGAGAUAUAUCAUAAUGCUACUACUGAUGGGGCUACAUGGGUGGUUAUAAUUCGUCAAUUACCAAGUAAUGUCGGUGGUAGAAAAGUUAGAAAAUCGGGAUCAAUAUUUAAACCUUUGAAGGCAAAGAAUAUCAUCAAUGGUAAAGAAAUUGAUCUUGAGUUUGAUGAGUUGGUGACAUAUUUAGUUGGUGAACUAGGAGAAUCUGAGCAGGAAGAUGAUCAAGAUGAAGCUAACCCAGUUCCAUCAUCAGCUGCAAAUAAUAUAAAUGGGAAUACUACAAACAAUUCAGAGCAAACCGAAUUAUCUGGUCCUGUCAGUACCGUUGAUAUCGACCAAAAGAUUAUCGUUGUUAACAAUGAUGCACCAAGAGGAAGAAAGAACAAGCGGGAUAAAUGGGAACUGGAAAAUGAUGCCAAGCUCUGUGGUCAAUCAGCCAUUAAAGAACUAAGUUUGGGGCCAGUGAUUGUUAUUGAUGCAAGAGAUGAAAUUUUAGAUAUGAUCAGCAUAACUUCUAUUCAUCAACAAGACGAAUGGAUCAGAAAAGUUGUAUUCACAACAAAUAACUUCCCCAAAAGUUUUGCAAUCAAUAUUCAAAAUACGUUGAUUAAGGAAUACAACAAGGGUCAUAAAUGGUGUAUUUUAGUAUCAUCCAGAACUCAGCAUACUACAAUUGUUGAUUUACGAAGAUAA